AUUGUUUAUGAAGCCCUAGCGAGCGAAAGAACGGAGAUUUGAAGAAGAGCAGCCUGAAGCUCGAGUUCCUCGUUUAUGCUUUAAAGUUCAAUCUUCAAGUCAAUUAUUCAGCCAUAAACUUUCCUUUCUCAGUGUUGGAUAAAGGAGAUGAGUGGAACAGGAGAGAAAACGUCUGGAGCUACCAAGACUCCUGCUGAUUUUCUUAAGUCAAUUCGUGGGCGACCAGUUGUUGUCAAGUUGAACUCUGGUGUUGAUUAUCGAGGCAUUCUAGCUUGCCUGGAUGGGUACAUGAACAUAGCUAUGGAGCAAACUGAAGAAUAUGUGAAUGGACAGUUGAAAAACAAAUAUGGCGAUGCCUUCAUUCGGGGAAACAAUGUUCUCUACAUCAGUACAACUAAGAGAACACCCGCGGAAGGGGCUUGAUUGUUGGAAGACUUGAACUCAUGUUGAGACAAUCAUAUAAGUAAUUUCCUGUUUGUGACUUUCUUUAUGUGAUCUCCUUAGAGCUAUUGUCACAAUUCACUAAGCUUGAAUAGAAUGCUGAGCUCUAGUUUCUAUUUUCUUGCAAUA